AUGGGGCGGGGAGGAGACCGAGACACAAAAGCAAAGCGGGGCCGACGGGGAAGUGGCGCCCGCUCAGCCCCCGCGCGCCGCGGGGCGCGCAGCCAUGGACGCGGGCGCCGCCGAACUUUGGCGAGGAGGCUGGCUCUCCCUCUCCGCGGGUGCCGGGGCCCGCGGGGGCGCCCUCCGCAUACUUCGGAGCGGGGUGUCCCGGCCGAUCGGUUUCCUGCUCCCCACUUUUUUGGCCCGACUGCCCCCCGGCGGCACUCGCAGUCCCGCCCCGGCCGCUCCCCGCCCCCUCGCGGCGGGUCCCGCUGCGCGCGGCUUGGUGGCCACCCAGAGGGGGUGCGCGCCCCACAAAAGCUCCCGGGCUCCAGGCGGCGGCCCCCGGGAUCGGGGGGACUAGAGGGGGCCCGGGGCUCGCCCGGGUGUGGGGGGGAUGGCGGGCCGCUGUCACUCGACGGGGCUGCGGAGCCUUGGCAGCCGCUGCCGCCGCCGCUGCCUCCACCCACCCAACUUACGUGUCACCCACAGCCCCGCCACCGGGAUUCCCGGAGGAAGUCCCACUCGGGCUCCCCGCUCAUUGGGCCCGUCCGAGCCGCGUCUCCCUCCCUCCGGGAGGGCAGUGCCGAGCGGGAUUGGACGCCCGCGUUGUCCGUCCGACCCCGGGCCGCGCCUCCCCUCCCCUCCCGCCACGGGGCAGCGCGGGCAGCGGGACCGCCCGGCGCCCGGUUGCGCCCACGUGGAGUGCGGGGGGUGCGGGGAGGCGGCGGGGCCCGGGGCUGGAUGGGUGGGGUGCGCCGUGGACGUGUCCCGGCCUGA